UUAUCCCCCUUACAACAAGGACUUUUCAACAUUCUCAAUAAUUAUCAGGAUGUAUACUAUAGUGAACGAAGCCACCAUAACCAAGAAGAAAUAAGACUGGCCUAUUGUUUACAUCUGAUAAAUCAUAUAGUCAAAUCCCGAAAUCAAGUCAUUGGUAACAAUACUAAGAUAAAAGAUCAGAAAUCAUCUACUGAUGAAGAUUAUCGUGAUCAAGGAUUAACACGACCCAAAGUUUUAAUAUUAGUACCAUUUAGAGAAUCAGCUUAUAAAAUAGUCAAUAUACUCAUUAGUUUAAUCACUACUGGCAAAAAAGCUAAAAUGAUGAAUAGAAAGAGAUUUGUUCAGGAAUAUCAUGAAGAAGAUGAGGAAGAUAAAAAGAAAGUUAAACCAGAGGAUUUUGAUGCAUUAUUUGCUGGUAAUAUAGAUGAUCAUUUUAGAUUUGGUGUACAAAUUUGUAAAUCUGUGAUAAAACUCUACUCCCAUUUCUAUAUGUCAGAUUUAAUUAUUGCUUCACCACUGGGAUUGAGGACGAUUAUUGGUACAGAGGGUGAGAAAGGAGACAGUGAUUUUCUAUCAUCAAUAGAAUUAUUAAUAGUUGAUCAAGCUGAUGUCUUCCUCAUGCAGAAUUGGGAUCAUGUUAUGCAAAUUAUGAAGAAAAUGCAUCAACAACCUAAAGAUGGACAUGGUGUAGAUUUUUCUAGAGUUAGAAUGUGGACAUUAGAAGGAUGGAGUCAAUAUUACAGACAAACUGCUGUAUUUAGUUCGAUAUCUUCUCCAGAAAUAACAGCUUUAUUCAAUAAGAAUUCACAUAAUUAUAGUGGUAAAAUACAGAUACAACGUAAACCAAGUAAUGGUAGUAUAUGUCAUAUAGUAACACAAUUACCUCAGACUUUUCAUCGUUUUAACUGUAAUAAUUUUAGUCAAGUUUGUGAUGAUAGAUUUAAUUUCUUUGUGAAAAAGAUAUUACCCAAUAUACAAGAUCACAUGAAGAAACACACCAUGGUUUUUAUACCAUCAUAUUUUGAUUUUGUCAGAAUUAGAAAUUACUUUGUUAAAGAAGAAAUGAAUUUUGUACAAAUGAAUGAAUAUGUAAAAGAAGACAAGUUAUCUAAAUAUAGAUGGUUAUUUUUUGUUGGUAAAGUACCUUUCAUGUUGUACACAGAACGAUUACAUUUCUAUAGAAGGUAUCGUGUAAGAGGAAUACAUCAUAUAGUGUUUUACGAACUACCACAUUAUGCCCAUUAUUAUAGUGAACUCUGUAACAUGUUAAAAGAUCCAAAACGUAAUAUGGAUAAUGUAGAAUUAACUUGUAGUGUAUUAUAUUGUAAAUAUGAUGUUCAGAAACUAGCUGAAACUAUUGGGACAGAAAGAGCAUCAGUUAUGAUCAACUCAGAAAAAUCAGUUCAUAUGUUUGUUACUGGUGAAAACAGCUGA